AUGGCGUUUUCAAACUCGGAAAGGAGAUGGAUUUUUCCUCUAGCGAUGGCUUGUCUCAUGUUCAUAUUCCUCACAGCUGCAUCCUUCAACAUGGGUCUCCUCUCUUCCGUACGUUCCAUUAACUCACUCUUCUUCUCCUCAAAUCUUUCACCUUCCAACGAAACAAACGUCGAGUUUGUAGAGUCAAAAACCAACAACCACACCUCUCCUCCUCCUGUACAGUCUAGUCCUCGCUUUGGUUAUCUAGUUUCAGGUUCAAAAGGUGACUUAGAAUCUCUAUGGAGAGUGUUACGAGCAUUGUACCAUCCAAGAAACCAAUACGUUGUUCAUCUCGAUCUCGAGUCACCUGCUGAAGAAAGAAUCGAGCUAGCUAAACGUGUGAAGGAAGAUCCUGUGUUUAACAACGUUGGGAAUGUUCACAUGAUCACAAAGGCUAAUCUCGUUACGUAUAGAGGACCAACAAUGGUUGCUAAUACGCUUCAUGCAUGCGCCAUUCUCUUGAAGAAAAGUAAAGAUUGGGAUUGGUUUAUUAAUCUUAGUGCCUCGGAUUAUCCUCUAGUGACUCAAGAUGAUCUUAUUCAUACAUUCACCGGGCUAGACCGGAACCUUAACUUCAUCGACUACUCUAGCAAACUAGGCUGGAAAGCAGAGAAACGAGCAAAGCCAUUGAUAAUAGACCCGGGGCUUUACUCGACAAAGAAAGCAGAUGUCUUCUGGGUUACACCACGUAGAACAAUGCCAACUGCAUUCAAACUAUUCACUGGUUCUGCUUGGAUGGUUUUAUCUCGGUCCUUUGUUGAAUAUUGCAUUUGGGGAUGGGACAAUCUUCCACGGACACUACUAAUGUAUUACACCAACUUCCUCUCCACACCAGAAGGAUACUUCCAAACCGUUAUAUGCAAUACGCCAGAGUAUUCAAGCACGGUGGUUAACCACGACUUGCAUUUCAUCUCAUGGGACCGUCCUCCGAAACAGCAUCCUCGGACACUCAACAUCAGCGACACGGAGAGGAUGAUUGCAAGCGGAGCUGUGUUUGCCCGCAAGUUCAAACACAAUGAUCUUGCUUUAGACAAGAUUGAUAAAGAGCUGCUAGGUAGAGGUAAUGGGGAGUUUACACCUGGUGGUUGGUGUAAAGAGAAACAUAAAUGCUCCAAGGUUGGUGAUCCGUCAAAGAUCAAUCCUGGUCCUGGAGCUAACCGGUUACAGGAGCUUGUUAUCAGACUUGUUUCAACAUCUAAAGUGGAUGAAAAGAAAUGUAGAUAG